CGGCUAUGGAAAAAGCAGUUCAUCCUGGACGAUGCCCUGCGCUCGCCAUCAACCGCGUCUUCGCUAUGACGCAAGGCAACACAAUGACACGUGACUGGCUCACGGAGUGGCAAAAGAUCGCGGCAACACCGGAUCUCGAAUUGCCAUUUUCGCACCUGCGCCGGGAGUUCUACAAGCGGUCAUGUGACGCUUUGAGCCUUGCACUUGGUGAUCGCGAGCAAUACGCGACCUUCGCCGAAAUCAUCGACAAGGCAAGGGAGAUCAUCAACACCAAUAGGGUAGCUCCAGACGAGACGUCGGCAUGGCAGCCAAGCUAUGUGGAGAAAGGUAAAUUUGGUCCGCGUCAGCAACAUGUCGUUGCAGUCCGCACGGACAACAUUGUGGAAGACCCGACAACCACCCAAGCAUCGCGUGAGGGAGAUCAGAUGACUGCUGUCCAGCCGCGAAGCAACAACAAGUCCCGAGGAAACGGGAAGGCGAAAACCACAUCACCGACCGGAAACGGACAGCCAGCAUCAUGGGUCAAGUUUCACUUGACCGAGGCAGAAUACAAGUGGCAUGGCCGCUACGGCUGUUGCUAUUGGUGCAACAACACCAAGCGCAAGACCUCCCAAUGCUCUGAUCAAGGCAAGGAGGAUCUGAACGCGCAAACGAUCAGAAACAUCGGCCCUUUUCCACGCAUCGACGACCUUCUCGAACGGUUGGGCGGCGCCAAGUUUUUCUCCAAGCUUGACCUCAAGUCGGGAUAUCACCAACUCGAGAUUCGGCAGGAGGACUGCUACAAGACCGCGUUUAAGACGCGAUAUGGGCAUUUCGAAUGGCUGGUUAUGCCAUUUGGCCUUACGAAUGCCCCGACCACUUUCCAAGCGGCUAUGACAACGAAGUUCUGGCACAUGCUGGAUCGAUUCGUAGUUAUGUACCUCGACGACAUCCUGAUGUACAGCCGGAGUUUGGACGAGCAUGUGGAACACCUGCGCACCGUUUUGGAGCGGCUACAAAAAGCCAAGUACAAAGUGAACCACGACAAAUGGGAAUUCGCGCGGCGGAAGCUCGAGUACUUGGGAUAUUAUGUGACGCCGCAAGGCAUCCGUCUGCUUGCGGACAAGAUCGAGGCCCUCCGAGUAUGGACCCAGCCCACCAACACCACGGACGUUCGUUCAUUCAUGGGGUUGGCGGGUUACUAUCAGCGAUUUAUCACCGGAUACUCAAGGAUUGCUGCACCUAUGACGAGAUUACAAUCACCAAACGUGCCAUUCGUAUUCAAUGACGACGCACACCGGUCAUUCCAAGCACUUAAGACGACCAUGCUCAUGGCACCCGUCCUUAGCAUCUAUGACCCCACCCUGCCUACAAGAGUGACAAUUGACGCUUUCGGCUAUGGCAUUGGGGCAGUCUCGGAACAACACGAUGGCGACGACUGGCACCCUGUGGAGUAUUUCAGCCACAAAGUGUCUCCCAUCAAUUCACUUGAUGAUGUAUGGAAGAAGGAACUUCUCGCAUUCGUGAUGACUCUCAAGCGAUGGCGACACUUCCUCCUUGGGCGUCGUAGAUUCACAUGGGUCACGGAUACUAACCCAUUGACCUACUACAAGACGCAGGAUACGGUGAGCAGCACGAUCGGACGAUGGAUGUACUUCAUCGACCAAUUUGACUUCACACCGAAACAUCUCCCCGGCCUCUCCAAUCGCGCGGCAGAUGCACUCUCGCGAAGACCCGAUCUUUGCACCAUGACACAUCAUGCCUUCGCAUUCGAUGAGGAACUCCAGCGCCACUUCAUCUGAGGCUAUAAGUCUGAUCCGGACUCCGCCACGUUGUAUGCGCAGCUAUCUUCGGAUUACCUGUCGGCCAGCCACUAUCGC